AGUAGUAAAGAGAGGCUGCUCCUCAACCUCCAUUCAUUCUCAUUCUCAAAGACCAGGCACACCACCAGCACAAUGUCUGACACCGAAGAGAUUGUGGAGGAGUACGAGGAGGAGGAGGAAGAGGAUGAUGAAGAGGUUGAAGAGGAGGAGAAUGUAGAGGAGGCCCCCCAGGUUGAGGAGGCAGAUGAACAAGAGGAGGCUGAAGAAGCAGAAAUAGAAGCAGAAGAUUCUAAGCCCAAGCCCAAGUUGUACGUUCCGAACAUGGCGCCGCCCAAACUGCCUGACGGCGAGAAGGUGGACUUUGACGACCUUCACCGCAAACGUGUGGAGAAGGACUACAACGAGCUGCAGAGUCUCAUCCAGCAGCACUUCAGCAACAGGCAGAAGGAGGAAGAUGACUUGGUGUCUUUGAAACAACGAAUUGAGCGGCGGCGUGCAGACCGUGCUGAGCAACAACGCGUCCGGGCAGAGCAAGAGAGGGAGAGGCAGACCCGGCAGGCUGAGGAAAAAGCCCGACGUGAGGAGGAGGCCGCCAAACUGCGGGCUGAGGAAGACGCCAAGAAGAAGAAGCUCCUCAACAACAAGUCAUAUGGUGGCUACUUACAGAAGGUUGACCAGAAGAAGGGCAAGAAACUCACAGAACGUGAGAAGAAGACCAAGGCCCUCAUGGAACGCCGCAAGCCGCUCAACAUCGACCACCUGAACCAGGACAAGCUGGCUGAGAAGGCCCGUGACCUCUGGCAGUGGCUGCAGCAGCUUCACGCUGAAAAGUUUGAUCUGGCCGAGAAACUCAAAAGGCAGAAGUACGACAUCAACGUGCUACGCAACCGUGUCAAUGACCAUCAGAGGUACUCCAAAACAACCAAGACGACCAGGAAGAACUGGAAGUAAAUGCUAUAGGUUAACAAGUGGGAUGGCAGCACAUAUAGAAUGAGGUGGCGUAGAGUUUUAUAACAGCACUGUUUACCUUCAUUCACCUAACUUUGAAGGAACUCAUCUUGACUUCCAUGGAAUUCUGUUGAGAAGAAGAACCCUGUCCAAUUCAGUACUCUUCUCACUGAUCCUGGGUUCAAAGUGUCUUCAGAGUGCAUUACAUGAGUAAUGGUUAGCUGUCGUGUUUUGUUAAGUUUGUGUUUAGAUUAUUUUACGAAGCUCCAGUAGAUAAUGACUUGCAGUAAUUGCAAUGUUAUUCAAUGAGCAUUUCAUUUAUACUCAUAUGGUGGAAUGUGAGGCAAGCUUGUGUUAACUGAUCACACUCGACAGCUCAUUUCAAACUGAAUGUUAAUAUGUACAAGCUUGGACCACUGUUUAGAUAUACCUUU